UCUAGACAUUUAUUUCAUCUUCACAGCAUUCAAAUGGAGCUAACUCCAGCUGAGACACACAACAAGGUACCAAUAUUUGGCGAUGCAACAGAUUCCAUUGCGGAGGAAGAUGAGGAAUUGGCUCAGUUGCAGUGGGCCGCCAUUGAAAGACUACCAACUUUCAAAAGGCUCCGAACAUCGCUGUUCGACAUCGAUCGCAACGACGAAGGGAAUUGCGGGAAAGAGAAGAGGGUGGUGGAUGUUACAAAGCUUGAAGCAGUUGAGAGGCAUCUUUUCAUAGAUAAGCUCAUCAAGCACAUUGAGCAUGACAAUCUUACGUUGCUACAAAAGCUUAGAGAGAGGACAGAGAGAGUGAAUGUGAAACUACCAACUGUUGAAGUGAGGUACAAAAAUCUGUCUGUCGAGGCAGAGUGUGAAGUGGUUUCAGGAAAGCCUCUGCCAACAUUGUGGAACUCUUUUGUCAGCAUGUUAUUAGUUUUCACAAGGGCAUUACCAUGCAACUCUCAAGAAGCCCGGAUAUGCCUUCUUAAAGAUGUUAGUGGCAUCAUCAAGCCGUCGAGGCUUACUUUACUUCUUGGUCCACCAGGCUGUGGCAAAACAACCUUCUUAUUGGCUCUGGCAGGAAAACUAGACAAGUCUCUUAAGAUUAGUGGAGAGAUAUCUUACAAUGGUUAUAAGCUGGAAGAGUUUGUACCUCAAAAGACCUCAGCUUACAUUAGCCAGCGUGACCAGCACAUACCCGAGAUGACUGUAAGGGAGACGAUCGACUAUUCAGCGCGCUGCCAGGGUGUUGGAAGCCGAUCUGAGACAAUAAUGGAAGUAAGCAGAAGAGAGAAGGAAUUAGGAAUUGUCCCUGAUCCAGACAUUGACACUUACAUGAAAGCAAUUUCAGUUGAAGGACAAAGGAGAAAUCUCCAAACGGACUAUCUUUUAAAGAUCCUCGGACUGGAUAUCUGUAGCGACGUAAUGGUUGGAGAUGCGUUGAAGAGAGGCAUUUCAGGUGGUCAGAAGAAAAGGCUCACAACAGGAGAGAUGAUUGUUGGUCCGACAAAGACUCUAUUUAUGGAUGAAAUAUCGACGGGGUUAGACAGCUCGACCACCUUUCAAAUAGUCACAUGUCUUCAGCAUUUUGUGCACAUCACAGAUGCCACCAUAUUGGUCUCACUUCUUCAGCCAGCUCCAGAGACCUUUGAUUUAUUUGAUGAUGUCAUAUUAAUGGCUGAGGGGAAGAUAGUGUACCAUGGUCCUCGCGCUAAUGUGCUCGAGUUUUUUGAAGAUUGCGGUUUCAAGUGCCCACCAAGAAAGGGUGCCGCAGAUUUUCUUCAGGAGGUAAUCUCCAAGAAAGAUCAAGCACAAUAUUGGUGCCUCACUGAUCUUCCCUACAACUACAUUUCAGUGGAUCAAUUCUCUCAGAAGUUCAGAGCAAGUUAUUUCGGGAAGGCAUUGAACAAUGAGCUCUCAAAAGCAUAUGAUAAAUCCCACAGCCACAAAAGUGCCUUAUCAUUUAGUACCUACUCGGUGCGAAAACGGGAACUCCUGAAAGCUUGCAUGGCGAGAGAGCUGCUUCUCAUGAAACGCAACGCGUUUGUCUAUAUUUUCAAAACAGCACAGCUUAUCAUCACUGCAUUUAUGACAAUGACUGUGUUCAUACGUACUGAGAUGGCGGUUGAUGUGGUGAGUGCAAACUAUCUGAUGGGAUCGUUGUAUUAUGCACUUGUAAGACUCAUGACCAAUGGAGUGGCAGAGCUGGCCUUGACUAUUACUAGACUUCCUGUAGUUGACAAGCAAAAAGCAUUCUAUUUAUACCCAGCAUGGGCUUAUUCUAUUCCAGCCUCCAUCUUGAAGAUCCCAUUUUCAGUGAUUGAUUCUUUGCUAUGGACAUCCUUAACUUACUAUGUCAUUGGAUAUAGCCCUGAAAUAGAAAGGUUCUUCCGCCAGUUCCUUGCGCUAUUUGCUGUGCACCUAGCAUCAACAUCCAUGUGUCGUUUCGUUGCGUCAAUUUUCCGGACUAUGGUGGCCGCAUCGACUUUUGGCUUCUUGGCUUUGAUUCUUAUGUUCAUGUUAAGCGGGUUCAUUCUUCCGCUGCCCGCUUUACCUCCUUGGCUUAGGUGGGGAUUCUGGUGUUCUUUCAUGACUUAUGGAGAAAUAAGCUUAACUCUGAACGAAUUCCUUGCUCCACGCUGGCAAAAGGUCUCAAGAGGAAAUGUCACAAUUGGGAAGGAUGUUCUAACUAGUCAUGGUCUAGACUUUGAUGGCAGUUUCUACUGGAUAUCAUUGGGUGCAUUGUUUCUUUACACAAUACUUUUCGAUCUCGGAUUUGUCUUAGCACUUACUUACUUGAAACCUACAAACAUGUCCCGAGCCAUCGUUUCGAAGAAGAAGCUGUCUCAACUGCGAGCACAAGAUGGUUACAGUGCUAGUGCGGGGAUACAAAAGGAAUCAAGUCCUGCGGUUGUUGUUUCUCAGACCACGGAAACAAUAAGAAAAGAGGGAAGGCUGGUCCUACCAUUUGAGCCACUGGCAAUCUCAUUUAAGGACGUGCAAUAUUACGUUGAUACCCCAAUGGAAAUGAGGAAGCAUGGUUUCAAUGAGAAAAGACUUCAGUUGCUUUGUGGCAUAACAGGAGCGUUUAGGCCGGGGAUUCUUACGGCGCUGAUGGGUGUUAGUGGGGCUGGGAAAACUACUCUCAUGGAUGUUCUUUCUGGAAGGAAGACCCAAGGUACAAUUGAAGGUGAUAUAAGAAUAUCUGGAUAUCCCAAGGUCCAGAAGACAUUUGCAAGAAUAUCAGGUUACUGUGAGCAGACUGAUAUACAUUCUCCACAUGUUACGGUAGAAGAAUCAGUUAUCUACUCAGCUUGGUUGAGGUUGCCACCUGAAAUUGAUCCACAAACAAAAUCGAGAUUUGUGGAAGAAGUGAUUGAAACAAUUGAGCUGGAAGAUAUAAGAGAUUCCAUAGUUGGCAUAGCAGGCCAAAGUGGGCUAUCAACUGAGCAGAGGAAAAGGCUAACAAUAGCAGUGGAGCUUGUUUCGAAUCCAUCGAUAAUAUUUAUGGAUGAACCAACCUCAGGAUUAGAUGCGAGAGCAGCUGCAAUUGUGAUGCGCGCAGUGAAGAAUGUUGUGGCCACCGGAAGGACUACUGUUUGCACCAUCCACCAACCAAGCAUCCACAUAUUUGAGGCUUUUGAUGAGUUAAUUCUGAUGAAAAGGGGAGGACAGAUAAUAUAUUCUGGAAUGCUAGGCCAUCAUUCAAGUAAACUCAUUGAAUACUUUGAGGGUAUUCCAGGUGUGCCAAAGAUUAAGGACAAUUAUAAUCCAGCAACUUGGAUGUUGGAAGUUUCUUCUGCCUCAGUAGAAGAAGAAAUUGGCAUAGAUUUUGCCACCAUAUAUAAGGAGUCGUCUUUGUAUAGAGACACAGUGGAGAUGGUGAAGCAGUUGAGCAAACCAAAGGCAGGUUCAAGAGACUUACACUUCCCCACUGAUUUCCCACAAAACAGUUGGUUGCAAUUCAUGGCUUGUCUUUGGAAACAGCACUUGUCCUAUUGGAGAAGUCCUCAGUACAACCUGGCACGUUUCACUUUCAUGAUUGUUGCUUCUGUGUUGUUCGCAAUUAUCUUUUGGCAAAAAGGACAACAAAUUAACAAUGAGCAGGACUUGUUCAACAUACUUGGGUCGAUGUAUAUUGCUGUAAUAUUCUUGGGAGUAAACAAUUGUUCAACAGUCUUGCCUUAUGUAGCAACUGAGCGCACCGUUUUGUACCGGGAACGAUUUGUGGGAAUGUACUCCUCAAGGGCCUACUCCUUUGCACAGGUGGCUAUUGAAAUACCAUACGUACUUGUGGAAGCAAUUUUGUACGUAGCAAUAACGUAUCCAACAAUAGGAUACCAAUGGUCAGCUAACAAGGUGUUUUGGUACUUGUACACAACAUUCUGUACAUUCCUAUACUUUGUGUAUCUUGGGAUGCUGAUAGUUUCCUUGAGCCCUAAUCUUGAAGUGGCCACCAUACUGUCAAGUGCAAUCUACACCAUAUUAAAUCUUUUCUCAGGCUUCCUCAUGCCAGGACCUAAAAUUCCAAAAUGGUGGGUUUGGUGCUACUGGAUUUGCCCAACAUCUUGGUCCCUCAACGGCCUUCUGACUUCACAAUAUGGAGACAUGGACAAAGAAAUAAUGAUAUUUGGGGAGCUCAAGUCAAUUGGUUCAUUUCUUGAAGAUUUUUAUGGUUUUCAUCAUGAUCGCUUAGGCCUUGUGGCUAUUGCGCUCGUUUCUUUCCCACUUGCUUUUGCAUUUCUUUUUGCAUAUUGCAUACACAAAUUAGACUUUCAAAGGAGGUAACUGCAAGAGUACAAAGAUUCUUCUCUUUUUUUUCUUCUUUUUUUUUUUUUGGG